AUGGAAGUGAUGGAAAUCACUGGAAAAUAUCCACUAAGAGCUCCAACAACCCUUGCUCUCGAAAUGAAGUUCAUAGGGGUUGGAUGGAUUAGUUUGGGCAAUGAUCCUAUGCCUCCAAGGUGUAUGCGAACUCGAUCGAGUCAGUCUACAGAAGACUUGGUCGAGCUAGACUCCAUCACGGGUAAAAGUAGAGUUCAGAGGACACAGAAGGUCUUUUGGAGCAUUUGGAGCAUAUGGGACGUAGGAGCAAGGAAGGACUUGGUGCAUGGACGCAGCUCAACUGGAUACGCAAAGGAAGAAGGAGGAAGCCAUCUUGAAGACCAGCUCGACCACCUACUCGACCAUCCGGUCGAGUUCCUCAACUCGACCGGCCAAGCUUCAACUCGAUCGAGCUGGAAGUCAAAGUCAAACCCGAAAAAUGUUGCUUCCCCCUUGACUUUCCUUUGA